UAAUCCGACGGAGCAGGAGCACUGUAGACGCUGUAGUUUAGUUUACUUUUCCUCUGAAACGGGAAGAAGAGCUCGCUAGGGUUUAGUGAGAAGAAGAAGAAGAAGAAGAAGAAGAAGAAUCAAUGGCGUUAACGAACUUCAUACUGACGGUGGUGGGGGUGAGCGCGGCGAUCAUCCUCCUCCGCAGCGACGUCAAGCAAUCCGCCGCCAUCUUCCGCCGCAACGUCCGCCACAUCCGCCAUUGGCUCGAAGAGGAAUCCGCCUCCGCCGCAAAGUCUGCUGAAAAAUCAACACCCAAGGAGUUGGACUCUCAGGCUCUUAAGAAAGACACUCCCAAGGAUGAUAAGCAUUAGAUGGUCUUACACGUUUCCGGGAAUUUUACUACUAUUGGUUUCUUUUCAGUAGUACAUCGAUUGCAUAAUCUGGUAGUGGCGAGAGUUUAUUUUGAGGCUAAUCAAAUGAGAUGUAAAUCAUGUGAUCUUGUGUAGCUAAUUGGAGUGCUAUGAUGAGAGGAAAAUUUUGCACUACUUGUCCAAAGUUUAAGCUCGUUAUGUUGAUUUUUUGCCGGCUCAUCAAUGGUCUUUUUAAACCCAAUGAGGUGAACCCAUGAAAAAAAAAGAAAGAGGAAGUUGUGAGUAAGAGGCGUAUACAUUGUUCUCUAAUCUGUUCACUGAAAAUGUUUCAGUGGGUGUUUAUGUUUGAAAACAGAUAUUCUUGUAUUGAUGGUUGCA